GCUCAGUCAAGAGCGGGUACAAAACAGAAAUGAGACAUAAGCUACUGAUGCAUUCAACACGUAACAGUAACAAUGAAGUUUGGUGGAGGAAGUUUUGGAAAAUCCAGACGCCACCUAAAAUUCAAGUGUUUAUGUGGAAAGUGUGUCAUAACAUCAUUCCUGUGCUUAAAAAUCUUCAGAGGAAAGGGAUAAAGGUGAUACUAGUUUGUCCUAGGUGUUCUUUAAAAGUGGCGUGCGGUUCUUCCUAAGGCAGAGCUUGGGAGCCUUUUUAAUGACUGCUUUCUGGAGAGAUGGUCGUACUGGAUGCAGAAUUUAUCAACUUCUGAACUGAGGUUAACCGGAAUCACGUGUUGGGCCCUAUGGAAUGAUCGCGAUGCGUUGAUCAACAAGAAGAAGAUCCCGGAAGCUCUAAUUAAAGUUGAAUGGAUUUUAAAAUAUGCUGAAGAAGUUAGGAUGAAAUACCAUAAUGGAAUGAAGAGAAGAAUUCCUCGAGUGAAUGAAUGGAGGCCCCCCCUUGGGGGUGUGGUGAAGAUGAACACGGAUGCGGCUGUGUCGGAGGAGGGAUCGGGUGUUGGUGUUCUGCUUCGUGAGGGAAAUGCAGAGAUUGUGGGGGCCAUGGUUGAUUUUCAUAUGGUGAAGACUCCUCUGCUGGCUAAAAUUUUGGCAAUCAGGGAAGGUUUGAGCCUGGCAACAAGGUUGGGGGUCCAUCGAGUCGUAGUGGAGACGGAUUCACUUGAAGCCCUAAAUUUAAUUGGGGAUAAAUCACCAUGGAAGGGAGAAGCUGUAAGUUGGGUUGAAGAUAUCAGAGCCUUUGCUAGGGAUUUCCAAGAAAUUUGUUUCCAGCAUGUUUUCAGAGAAUCAAAUGCAGUUGCGUAUCAUCUUGGGAGAGAGACUAUUUCUCUUCGUUGUGGCUUCUUGUGGCGAUUGGAUUUUCCCAUCUGGUUGGGUAGGUUGGCGGAAGCUGGCAAACAAAACUCUGUAGCCUUAAUGGCCUUUUAGUUGUUUCUUUAAAAGCGUGUUCUGUUUCAUUGGGGUGGAAUCAGAUUCUCUUGAAGCCCUAAAUUUAAUUGGGGAUAAAUCACCAUGGAAGGGAGAAGCUGCAAGUUAGGUUGAAGAUAUCAGAGCCCUUGCUAGGGAUUUCCAGGAAAUUUGUUUCCAGCAUGUUUCCAAAAAAUCAAAUGUGCUGCGCAUCAUCUUGCGAGAGAGGCCAUUUCUCUUCGCUGUGGCUUCUUGUGGCGAUUGGAUUUUCCCAUCUGGUUAUGUAGGUUGGCGGAAGCUGACAAACAAAACUCUGUAACGUUAAU